UGAAGCUGCAGCGGCGCACUCCCUCCACCGACUUGCUGUGUGCGACGUUUUGCCAGAAUGUGAAAACUACACCACCCGGAAUGAAGCUUUUUUUUUUUCAUGGAAAGAAAGACUCCAAGUAACCUUCAGGACCAUGGGGUAUGGGCAAAUCCUCCACCGGCUGGGGAAUGAGGAGGACCAGGUCCAUCUCAACGUGGGAGGCGUACGACACAAAGUGGACCCGGAUACACUGCUUCGGUUCCCUCAUACGCGCCUGGCUCGUCUGCUGCGCUGCCGAAGCGAAGCGGCAAUCCUGGAGCUGUGUGAUGACUACAGCCCGGCCGAGAAAGAGUACUACUUCGACAGGAAUCCUCGGAUUUUCCUCUGCGUGCUCAACUUCUACCACACGGGACGUAUCCACAUGAUGGAGGAGCUCUGUGUCUUCUCCUUCAGCCAGGAGAUCGAGUACUGGGGCAUCCAGGAGCUGCACCUGAGCCCCUGCUGCAGCUACUGGUACCAUGAGAGGAAGGAGUAUAUCGAGGACAGAGACUGGGACAUCAGGAGCGACGACCAGCAGCAGCCAAGUUUGGACUCUUCCUUUGAGGAGCUCUCCGCUCUUGAUAAAGACCUGGCGAAGUUCAAAGGUGCCUGGUGUGCAGAAGUGAGGAGCUAUGUUUGGCUCAGGCUGGAGGAUCCAGGUCAUUCAAGAGCUUCAAAGGUCAUUGCUGUGGCCUCCCUCAGCUUGGUGUUGACCUCCAUCGUUGCUAUGUGUGUCCAUAGCAUGCCUGAGUUCCAGCGUGUGGAUGACAAUGACAAACCCAUCGAGGACCCUGUCCUUGCCAUUCUGGAGGAGAUCUGCAUUGCCUGCUUCUCCGCCGAGUUCAUCAUCAGGCUCAUUGUUGCGCCCUCCUGUAGGAAGUUCCUCGGAAACCCCUUAAACAUUAUCGAUGUCGCCUCCAUUUUGCCAUUUUACGCCACUUUGGCUCUGGAAACAGCCGACGAGGAGGGCGCAGAGGAGAACGAGGACUUAGAAAAUAUGGGGAAGGUGGUGCAGGUUCUGCGCCUCAUGAGGGUUCUCCGAAUCCUCAAACUGGCUCGCCACUCUAUUGGGCUACGAGCACUGGGGGCCACCGUCCGCCACAGCUACCACGAGGUGGGUCUGCUCCUUCUCUUCCUCUCAGUGGGGAUCUCCAUCUUUUCCGCCCUAAUCUACUUUGCAGAGAAGGAAGAGGAGGACACAGAUUUGGGGACCAUCCCUUCAGGCUGGUGGUGGGCCACAAUCACCAUGACCACAGUCGGUUACGGUGACACCUGCCCGGUGACUCUGGCGGGGAAGAUAGUUGCCACCUUGUGUAUCAUCUGUGGCCUGUUAGUGGUGGCUCUGCCCAUCACCAUCAUCUUCAAUAAGUUUUCCAAGUACUAUCAAAGAAACAAAGCCAUGGAGGAACAGUGUGUCACUAAGCCAGAAAGACAAGACCCAGAACUCCCUUACUAUAACAUCAGAGACCUGUUCACAGACAGUGUUUAUCCAUUUAUAGGAGCUUUCGCCUUCAGGAACAGUGAGAGCAGCGCAGGGGAUGACACCGACGCCUCCAGUCUCCAGGACAUAGAGGUGUAUGAUAAUGACACUUGUGAAAAUGGGGCAGCAAAAUGAGAUUCCUGCCAAUUGACAGUGUCUGUAAGUCACUCCGUGCCUCUCAGGGCAGAGUGCUCCAUCACUGACCCUGUCUCCUUGUAUCGUCUUCCUCCUGCAAUUUGACAGAGAAAUAUCGUGGCCAUGAACUUUUCUACAAGGGAAUAGCUUGUGUAAUAUACAGCACCGCUAAAACUGGGGAAUCUAAAGGGAAUUAUCUGAACUUUGCACAGGGGUUUGAAAGCCCAUUUUCUGCUUGAGAAAACUGCAAUGAUGCAUGUAGGAGGCCAUAAUGUUAAUGUUUUUCAAAGUAAUGUUCUGUAUUGAUUCGUCCGCUUGCUGAAAGUUCAGACUGAGAAUUCGGCAGAUGCAAAAGUCUAGAGUGAAAACCACACAGUUUGGUGAUUAAAAAUGGUAUAAUAAAUCUCUAAGUUGAGUCUGCAUGAACAAAAAUGAAUGCGUUCUGAAAGAAAGCCAAUAUAAAUCAUGUAGAAUUAUGCAAUAUUACAGAUGCUGAUGAGGAGAGGUCACAACUGUCUCAGAGCACUGUGGAAAGCACUGAUAUUACCAGGUUAUUAUUAUAUUUUUGUUUUGGACAGAUGUUUUGGCAUGCUGAGUGACUCCUUGUAACUAAGGUGGACAUGAAAUAAAACUCAGUGA